AUGUUCAUUUUCUUCACAGAGCUUAUAUAUCAGAUUUUCUACAAGAAAACUGCCUCGGGAGACAGAGGAUCUUUAUGCCAACUCCGGAACUUUAUAGGUCGGAUUGACGUUCAUGGCUCUGAAGAAGUUGUGCAGAAAUACAGGGCCCACUAUUCAUUUAUUGAUGAUUGUUUGGAUGCUUACAUUGUGACAGCAUGUUUACACCUCUUGGAUCUGUCGGACAUAGAUGAAAUUUCCAGUAGAAAACAGACACUGUUUGACAUCCUACCGAAGGAGGAACAGUACAAUUUUAUCUCGCAAAUAUCUAAGGAAAUUUUGGAGAAAUACAUAAAAAUACCCAAUGACUUGCCAACAUUAUUGACCGAAGCUGCUGCGAUGGAUACACAAAAACGACAGAUUGAGGCAAUGUUUGACAACCGGCAACAGCGCUAUGUGUGUGAAGUGUGUGACAGGCAAUACAAGACUGCAAAUGGCAUUCAACGGCAUCUGAGAGACCAGCAUCAGUGGGACAUCACGGAAAACACAGGGGUGAAUAUACCUCAAGAAGACUACGAUCAUAUUGCUGUGUACUCCGCCUCAUUUAUGAAGUGUGCCCUUCUUUUAAGGGAUACAAACGAUGCCUACCAGUUGGGGGAUGGCAACCGCAUUUUGCUAAACUCCAAAUUGCAGAUGUUACUGUCACGUGUGGGAAACCAUAGCAAGUACCAGUUGUGGUUAUUCAGGUUUAUGGCCUAUUGCUAUGCUUUGCUAACACCAAAAAUGGCUUACGAAUACCUAUGGAACUGUACAGCUAACUUACAAGGAAAUACAGGUCACAAUAUACCAAAUGACAACCUAGUUGAACUGUUAGUUCAAGCAGUCAAGAAAAAGAUUCAUGCUCAAGGAUCUAAUGCAACUUACAAAAGUGCUAGAAAUGCAGCAUUGUCCUUGCAAAUUCAAGAAGAAAUACUGAUCAAUAUGCAGAAAGAAAUGGAAAAAAAGAAGACUGGACACAAAAGACCCCCACCAUCAAAACUGAAUGACAUUGUUGCUAUGGUGAAUGAACUUAUGUCAGCAAACAUUUUUGAGAGAACUCCUGGCAGAGAAUUUUCUAAUUUUCCAGGAUUUAAAGAUGUAUAUUCGCGUGUGAAAGUGACCGAGCUACAUAAAUGGCUUUCCGAAAACAAGGAGCGACUAUCCUAUGAAUGUGUUUAAACUUGCAAGUGUAUAGAAAGUGAAACAAUUGAUGGAUUUUAUGAAUAACAGACCUUUCCAAUUUUAAAAUAUUUCAACAAUUUUAAUUAUGUACAGUAAGAGUGUUGCAUUUAAUUAAGUAUCAUAUUUAUAUGCCUCAAUUAUUGUAACA